AUGGGCUUUCGCGGGCUCCGCGUGCUGCACUCCGCGCUGCGGCUCGUGGCGCAGGCGGCCGCCGGGCAGCGCUGCUUCAGCACCAGGCCGGCCCGCGUGCCCAGGAUGGAGUAUCAGGAUGCCAUCCGGACCCUGAACACCCUCCAGACCAAUGCCAAUUACCUGGAGCAGGUGAAGCGGGAGCGAGGAGACCCCCAGGUGCAGCUGGAGGCCAUGAAAGGCUUCUUGGAGCGAAGUGGGUUAAAGGUCGAAGACCUGGAUCAACUGAACAUUAUCCACGUAACUGGGACAAAGGGCAAGGGCUCGACGUGUGCCUUCACGGAGCGCAUCCUCCGCAACUACGGCCUGAAGACGGGCUUCUACAGCUCUCCCCACCUGGUCCAGGUGCGCGAGAGGAUCCGCAUCAACGGGCAGCCGAUCAGCAAGGAGCUCUUCAGCAAGUACUUCUGGCAGGUGUAUAACCGGCUGGAGGAGACCAAGGACCCCGGCCACGCCAGCAUGCCCGCCUACUUCCGCUUCCUCACCAUCAUGGCCUUCCACGUCUUCCUGCAGGAGAAGGUGGAUCUGGCUGUGGUGGAAGUUGGCAUUGGGGGUGCCUACGACUGCACCAACAUCAUCAGGAAGCCGAUCGUGUGCGGGGUCUCCUCUCUGGGGAUCGACCACACCAGCAUCCUGGGGGACACCAUUGAGAAAAUCGCCUGGCAGAAAGGGGGCAUCUUCAAGCCUGGUGUGCCAGCGUUCACAGUGCCACAGCCUGAGCGGCCCCUGGAGGUGCUGCGGGAGCGAGCCAGGGAGAGCCCGUGCCCGCUUUACCUGUGCCCUGACUUGGAGGCCUUCGAAGAGGACGAUAAGGCACUUCAGCUGGGGCUGGCGGGCGAGCACCAGCGAUCCAAUGCCACUCUAGCCCUGCAGCUCUCCCGGGCCUGGCUGCAGCAGCAGGGGUAUCAGGGUACUGGGGAGCUGAAGGACUUGCAGCCAGGCGCGGAGCUACUAGGCAAGAGACCUGUGCCCCUGGCACCUGCAUUCAGGCCCAGCGGCUCCAUGGUGCAGGGUUUACAGGACACGGAGUGGCUGGGCCGCACCCAGGUGCUGCAGCACGGGGCAGUGACGUGGUUCAUCGACGGGGCUCACACCACCAGCAGCGUGCAGGCCUGUGUGCGCUGGUUCCGCCAGGCAGCCCUCAACGAGGAGAAGCCUGUGGACGGCUCCGAGGUCCGGGUGCUUCUCUUCAACGCCACGGGGGACCGGGACACGGCUGCUCUGCUCAAGCUGCUGCUGCCCUGCCGGUUUGACUACGCCGUCUUCUGCCCCAACUUCACGGAGGUGUCUGUGGUGGGGAACGCAGACCAACAGAACUUCAACGUCACCCUGGAGAACAUGCUGACCCGCUGCCUGGAGAACCAGAAGAAGUGGAACCGGCUGAUGGAGGAGAAGGUGGGGCAGGACCUCUGGCUGUCUCCCCCCAUGCAGGUGGAGGGGGUGGGUGGCCUGCUGAAGCCAGACCCCUUGCGCGGCCCCCUGCUCUUCGUGCCCUCCUCCGAGCGCCCUCUCAACUCCAACUCGCUGGUGUUCCCCUGCAUCUCUCACGCACUGCAGUGGAUCACCCAGGGCAGGGACCCGCACUUCCAGGCGCCCGCCACCAAGGGGCUCCACCUGCACCCCGUGGCGGGCACCGGCGCCGUCUUGCUCAAGGAAGCGGCCGCCAUCCGCGUGCUGGUCACGGGAAGCCUGCACCUGGUGGGCGGUGUCUUGAAACUGCUCGACCAAUCGCUCUCGCAGUAG